UGACACAAGGAGGCAGUAAUUCCUCCCAUACAAAAGCCCUUGUGCCGGGUCGCCAGUACCCAGCCCCCGGUCUUACAGUCGGUCGCCUCGUCUGAGCCCAGCCACUGCACCUGCUCACAGCAUUCCUCGACUUCCACAGCACGAGGUAUCCUGCUGGUACGCUUCAGAGCCGAGGACCUGAAGCUCCGUCUGGCCGAGCUGGGGCCGGACGGCGCCGAGCUGAGCUCCGCCUCCUCCACCGGCCCGCCCCCGCCCCCGCCGCCCGUCCACCUGGACGCGGCCGCCAUCCACCGGCUGUACCUGGGCACCGACCUGCUGCACCGCGUCCUGCCCAACCUCACCGUGGUGCAGGACUGGCAGCCCUACAAGCUGCUGCCGAGCAACAUGGACGUCCUGCUGAAGAAGGACAUCGACUGGGUGGUGGACGACGAGGAGGCGCCCAGCGUGGCCAGCCUCUGCACCUUCCCCAUCAGGGUGCCCAUCGGGGACGACUGGUACUACCUCAACAUCGACAUGUUCGGGAAGGACCUGUCGCAGGUGCGCCGGCAGUACCUGGCCCACCUGCGCCGCCACACGGCCGGCCUGCGGGGCAGCGUCAUGUGCCAGCUGUUCCUGGAGCCCGCCCUCUGGGCGCCCAUGGUGGAGCUGUGCAGGAGCGUGCUGCGGGUGGAGCUGGUGAAGGAGUACACGGAUCAGUGCGUGGUGGAGAGCGACGUGGUGUAGCCCCGCCCCCGGGCAGCCCAGCGC